AUGGCCCAAGAAAAUGAUUCCACAGUAAUUGAGUUUCUCCUGGAAGGACUGACAGACAAACCAGAACUCCAGCUACCUCUCUUUCUCAUAUUCCUAGGGAUCUAUGGAAUCACUGUUGUGGGAAACCUGGGCAUGAUACUACUCAUCACUUUCAAUCCCAAACUCCAAUCUCCCAUGUACUUUUUUCUUGGUAAUUUGUCAUUCUUAGAUCUGUUUUACUCUUCAGUUGUUACCCCUAAACUCCUGGAAAACUUUGUGUGGGAGAAAAAUGUUAUUUCCUAUCCUGGAUGUAUGACUCAGCUAUUUUUCUUUUGUGUUUUUGCUAUUGCUGAGUGUUACAUGUUAACUGCUAUGGCAUAUGACAGAUAUGUAGCUAUCUGUAGUCCACUGCUCUACAAUGUCAUCAUGUCCCAAAAGGUCUGCAAUAUACUGCUAAGUGGAGUCUAUUUCAUGGCAACUUCAGGAGCAAUGAUCCAUACAAUCUUCAUGACCAGACUUUCCUUCUGUGAGGACAAUAUUGUCCGCCAUUACUUCUGUGAUAUACUUCCUCUCUUAAAGCUCUCAUGCUCCAGUACCUACAUCAAUGAGAUUCUGGUGAUAAUUGGAGGCGGCUUCAAUAUGUUAGUAACAACUGUGGCCAUCAUCAUAUCCUAUACUUUUAUCCUUGCCAGCAUUCUUCGUAUCCCUUCAUCUGAGAGCAGGUCCAAAGCGUUUAGUACUUGUGGUUCCCAUCUUACAGUUGUUGGAAUUUUAUAUGGCUCUAUGAUUUUCAUGUAUUUAAAACCAACAUCCAGUAGCAAUAUGGCCCAGGAGAAGGUGGCCUCUGUGUUCUAUACCACAGUGAUCCCUAUGCUGAACCCUCUGAUCUACAGCUUGAGGAAUAAAGAUGUACAGAACGUUCUCCGAAAAAUCAUAGGUAUGAGGUAUGGAUCACCCCACAGUAGUAGUCAGAACCACUGA